AUGGCAUCCAGAUCAUUCACCGAGUCUGCUAGCAAUGCGACCAAAUCCGCUAGAGAAUCAACAAAAUCCGCCCUGGAGAAUCCGUCUGCAACGGCAAAUAGUUUUCUCCGUCAUCCAUACAUGCGAGCUGCGCUCCCCUUCAUCAAUGGCGGGCUAGCAGGUAUGACGGCAACGGUGGUGAUCCAACCAGUCGACAUGAUCAAAGUGCGUCUACAGUUGGCCGGCGAAGGCCAGAAGACCGGUCCAAAGCCAACUGCGUUGGGUGUGACCAAAAACAUCAUUGCCUCUGGCAAAGUUCUCGACUUGUAUACAGGACUGAGUGCUGGCCUGCUCCGACAAGCAGUCUAUACCACCGCUCGGCUCGGUUUCUUCGAUACAUUCAUUACAACGGCCAAGACGACUGCAGAGAGCCAGGGUCGGGCUGUAAGCUUCGGUGAACGUGCAGUUGCUGGUCUUACUGCAGGAGGUCUGGCUGCCAUGAUUGGCAACCCGGCUGACCUUGCCCUCAUCCGCAUGCAGUCAGAUGGACUGAAACCUCCCGAGGCGCGUGCCAACUACCGCUCCGUCAUCGAUGCUUUAACUCGCAUCGCAAAGAGUGAAGGAGUUGCAGCUUUGUGGGCUGGAGCAACUCCGACGGUGGUUCGCGCCAUGGCCCUGAAUCUCGGACAGCUUGGAUUUUUCUCGGAAUCCAAAUCACAACUGAAAGCCCAUACAAGCCUCUCCCCCCAGGCCCAGACAUUCACUGCGUCUGCUAUUGCUGGUUUCUUCGCCAGCUUCCUGUCCCUGCCAUUCGACUUCAUCAAGACCCGUCUACAGAAACAGCAAAAGAACCCACAAACAGGGGAAUUUCCUUACAAGGGAGUCUUGCACUGCGCGCGCAAGGUCGUACAGGAUGAGGGCUGGCUCAGAUUCUACCGCGGCUUCGGCACGUACUACAUCCGCAUUGCGCCGCAUGCAAUGGUCACCUUGAUCGUCGCCGAUUACUUGAACCUGAUCACCAAGUAA